AGGCUAUAUGUUUGGUGGCUGGACAAAUUACAGCCUUGGACACUCUCCCGGUGCUCGUAGCAUAACAAGAAAAAGAAGGAUUUCCAGGUGUAAUGUAUCGGCGAGCACCCGUGUUAUGUUUUCUCCUGACGUCAAUUGGAAUGUGUCAUGGAGGGAGUGCAGACGUUCCUCAAAAAUCUCCUCCUCCUGUGGGUCGAGAAGGGAGGCUUCACUUCACCAGUGUUUUGCCACGGGUGGGCCCAGCACGGCACGGAUCGCUGGCUUUCACUGUGAAUAAACGGACUGAAGAAAAGCACACUGCUGUAUUUAACAACCGGUUGAAUGCCAGAGUCAAACGCUUGGACCCAUCAGUGCAAUGUAGUGACAACUCGAUGACUCUUACGGUCAAACAGGCAAGAGUGCCACAUUUCCUUGUGGAUAGUGGUGAGGGGGUGCUCAUCCCAGUGUCUCAAAUACCCUCCAGAUGUGGCUUCUCCGUGCGGAGGUCUCGAAGAGACUUGCUCUUCGCUGCUCCAUACCAGGGUUGCUACGUUAGCCGAAGGGGUGGAGAGUAUGUACUGCCACUGCGUCUAUGGGGCUCCCCAGCAAUGAUGUCUUGCCCUGCUGUGUCAGUGCCACCUUCAGUUUCCUGUUACCCUGCAGGAAUGGUUGUCAAGCUUGGUGCUGUUACAGAAAAUGAAGUCAAAGUGAAGGUGUCUGACACAUGGCGGUCCCUUUCAUCAGUGUGCGACAGUUGUGGGUUAGCCAUUGACGUGUCCUCUGGAGGACUAUUUCUCACUGCCGCCUACCACAAAGGCUUGUGCAUAAGGACUAAGGACAAUGUGCAUUCUUUGUCUCUUCUCCUGACUGAUGUUGAACUUUCAGUCACGUGCCCCUCCUUACCCGACAACAAGCCAACAACUGCAACGACGACACCAUUUCGUGAUAGCCCUCAAUACCCCCAGUUGGUAUUCCCACAGUAUAAAGUGUUUCCUGGGUCUUUGCCUCCUACACAAAGUCCUGGUGUGCCUUCAGAUGCAUUAGCAAAUAUGUUUCAACAUCUAAAGUUACAUACUGCUCCAUACCCUGGACUAAAUCCACAACACCACCGAUUGCCUGCACUUCGCCACCCAGCGUUUCCAUUCAUGUCAGAGAUUUCACCUCAGUACUUCUGGUUUCCCAGACCUGUACUACCAACACAUGCUUCAGCUAACACUGGAGCUCAUGCUGCCUUAUUACAUCCACAUUAUGGAUUUCCAUACAUCCCACAAUUCCCUAUGGCACCUUGGACUUACCAAACAGGACCUACUCCAAUACCGCCUUCCACCACCACUGUUACGACUACCGCCACCACAGAGGCCACUGGAACCACAAUGGUCUCCUCUCAACAUGGAGAGAAGCCAGUUACCUCCCCAAAGCCACAAUUUCAUAAUCAUCAUUUACAAUCUCUCCGGUCUUUCCCACUGACGCUACCAGAUGGGCGAAGUCAAACUAUUCAUGGUCACGAGAACCCAAAGCUCUUAGCACCACGUGUUUACCCCCAUCCUUAUCACGUCCCUGUUAUGUAUCCCCCUGGGAAAUAUUUUUCUCAACAGCAAAAGCCCCUUUACUACCCACGCCCUUAUCUGCCAGUAUACUUUGCCCCUCAGAUGAUGCCUUCGCAUGACUUUUCAGAUCCUCCUGCCAACCAUCCCUCGUAGUCUAUUCCGGCAAAGCAGGAGCAUUAGCCAGACUACCACCCUAUCCAUGCCUCUUGUCAUCCAAGGUCACAACUGCAAGAGCUGGUGCCGGGUACACAGAAGCGUCACAGCUAGAUGUGGGAAAUUCACUUUUUUUUUUUUUUUUUUUUUUCCCUUCCUCAUUGUAUUUAACAACGAAAUUACAAUUUCCUUGACUGGGAAAUAAAGGGUGGUUGAUUA